AUGUUGCGGCAGCUGGUGCUGGUGUCUCCGGUGUCACGGCGGCAACUUGAAUCUGGGCGCGGUCCCCGUGAAGCGCGCUCUGCUGAUGGUUUCCCAACCGCCGCCUACAAGCUAUGCUGCCGCUCCCGCGACGUCGCCCUGCCUCUACCCGCCCCCAGCCACCGCCCCCAGUCGCCGGGCCCCCGGUCCCAGGCACCGCCCCUCGUCACAGAGGCCCCCGACCCUAGCCGCCUCCCCCAGACGCCGCCCCAUCCUAUGUCGCCCGGCCCCCGCGGGCACAGCCCCUCUACCCCAGCCCCCGACCCUGGGCGCCACCCGGCCACUAGCUGCCCCUCCCCGCCGCGCCGCCUCCCCCCUAGCCGCCCCCAUCCCCCGGCGCCGCCUCUUCCCUACCCGAGCCCCCACCUCCAGGCGCCGCCGCACCCCGUCGCCGAGUCCCUGCCCUCGUGCCCCCCCGCCCCUAGCCAUGCCCCAGGCCCUGGCGCCAAGAACCCGCCCCCGUGCCCCCCCGCCCCUAACCACACUGCCCCUCCCCGCCCCCGGGAGCCGCCACUCGCCACCGAGUCCCCGCCCCCAGGCACCGCCCCUCGUCGCCAAGGCCCGGCCCGGACCCCAUCCUUAGCCGCCGAGGCCCCUAGCCGCCCUCGCCCACCCGGCACCGCCGCUCCGCCCCAGGCACCGCCCCGCGUCGGGCCGCCCCCGCCGCCGGGUGCCGCCCCCUGUCGCCGAGCCCUUACACCCAGGCACCGCCCCAGACCGCAGCCACCGCCCCCAGACGCCGCCACGCCCCAGCCGCAGGCGCCCAAAAACGAACGACGGCCCUUUUGCCUAGAAAAGAAAACUCACUUGCCCCGCUUCUGGAUGGCAGAUUGCACGUGCCACGAGGUGCUAUCAAACCAGCCCGACUUGGCCCUGCUGCCACCUUGGGCACCGCCUCCAGUAGCCGAGGCCCCGCCCCCAGGCCCCGUCCCUAGCUGCCAAGGCCCCAAGCCGCCUCCGCCACCCCACGACCGCCGCUUCAUCAGCAGGCGCCGCCCCGCGUCAGGCCGUCCCCGCCCCCGGGUGCCGUUGCCCGUCGCUGAGCCAUUACCCCCAGGCACCGCACCAGACCACAGCCAUCGCCUCCAGACGCCGUCGCCCAGCCCCCGCGGGAACCUCCCCCCUACCACAGCCCCCGACUCCGGGCGCCACCCGGCCCCUAGCCGCCCCUCACCGCCACGCCGACUCGCCCCUAGCGGCAACCGCGCUCCGCCUCUCCCCUACUCGAGCCCCCACCCCAGGCGCCGCCGCACGCCGUCGCCGAGCCUACGCCCCCGUGCCCCCCCGCCCCUAGCCAUGCAACCGCCCACCGACGCGGAGACCACGCUCCCAGACACCGCCCCGGCCCUAGCCGCCACCGCCUCCAGACACCGCCGCCACUACCCGAGGCCCCGCCCCCAGAUGUCCCCCGCCUUUAGCCGCCACCGUCCCCAGACACCGCCCCUCCACGCCACCUGUCACCACCCCUCGACACCAUGUCCCCGCCCACAGGCACCGUCCCCCGUCGUCGAGGCCCCGCCCCGAGGCACCGUCCGAGGCCGCCGAGGCCCCUAG